AGUGUCCGUUUUAACCCACCCUCCCCUAUCAGCUGAUCAGUGUGAUGGCCGUCCUCCGUCGCUCUUCGCUCCUCAUUUCGGUGAUCCAUAGCUCUCCUCUAUUUAUCUAUCAAGCAUUUCGUCAUGUUUUUGAUUAGUGCGACGAAAGUUGGGGAGAGGACGACGAGGCAUUUGCGGUGCAUGAGUUAAAAGUGCAUGACAAGUUGAUAAAAUAGUUCCAACUCGUUGCAAACAAGCGCAAUUAAAGUCUUGCUAGUGUUUUCCUCGUGGUUUUGAUUGACAUCGAAGUUGGAAGGAAUUGCAAGGGUUCCAAAGAAUUUCAGGAAUAUUCUUCAGGAUGUUUCGAUCUUUAUCAGCCAAGAAUCUCAGGACUAGUGCCAAUUUUGGCGUGACGUCUUCGGUGAAGCAAUACUCGAAGACAACAGACGAUAUUUCUUUCUCGAAGAAGCUGAACGAUGGACCACAGCUGGAUGAUUUUUUAUCAGGAGCAGCCUCAAAAUACGAAGGGAAGCUGAAGCUUGAAAAGGGGGAGAACACGAGGCUGAGAUUGCCACCAUGGUUGAAAACAGAGAUCCCCAUGGGGGAGAACUACUCAAGGAUAAAAUCACAAUUGAGAGAAUUGAAAUUGGCUACAGUGUGUGAGGAGGCGAGGUGUCCCAACAUUGGAGAGUGCUGGGGAGGUGGGACUCAUGGAACUGCCACAGCAACCAUUAUGUUGAUGGGGGACACGUGCACUAGGGGCUGCAGAUUCUGCUCCAUCAAGACAGCUAGGGCCCCACCACCCCUAGAUCCUAAGGAACCUGAAAAUACAGCGACUGCUGUGACUGCUUGGGGACUCGAUUACGUGGUUCUAACGUCAGUUGACCGAGAUGAUUUACCUGAUGGAGGAGCACAUCACAUUGCAGAGACUAUAAGAGAAUUAAAGAGAAGGAGUAGUAUUUUGGUCGAAGCCCUUGUACCAGACUUCAGUGGUAAAGAGGAUUGCAUAAAAACAAUUGUUGAAUCAAAGCUAGAUGUGUUUGCCCACAACAUCGAGACAGUGGAGAGACUCACACCUUUCGUCAGAGAUAGACGAGCACGCUAUAGACAGUCGUUAAAAGUCCUGGAAGGUGCGAAGAAUGUGAAUCCAGAGUUAAUCACAAAAUCCUCGAUAAUGCUAGGGCUCGGAGAGACUGACGAGGAGGUGGAGACGACGAUGAGGGAGUUGAGGGAGGCUGGGGUCGAUGCCCUGACGCUUGGUCAGUACAUGCAGCCCACGAAGAGGCAUCUGAAGGUGAUAGAGUACGUGACACCAGAGAAAUUCAAGGCCUGGGAGGAAUACGGUGGUAAACUUGGGUUUUUGUACACUGCGAGUGGACCCCUCGUUCGAUCCUCCUACAAAGCUGGAGAAUUUUUCCUCACGAAUAUUCUCAAGGAGAGAAGGAGUAAGAGGGCCGAGGAGAAUCCCCAGAGCUGAAUAGUCGCAAUUUUUAGUCAAUCAAGUACAAAAUUGUUUUUAAGCAAUGAAAAGUUGUUGAAAUCUUUUUAAUUCGUGAAUAGUUCAAUUAUUUGUUCUCAAUUUCAAUUGUUAGAGAAAUGGAAGAUAAUUGAAUCAAAAUUAAAUUAACUAAUGAUUUUAUUAUGCAUAAUUCUUUUUAUUAAUCACUCAUUAUUUCAGUGAUUAAGAAUAUGAAGAAGUAUUUUCAAAGUUCUUUCCGUAGAAAAUUCUUUCAACCGAAACUGCCUUGACAUUCGGUUUCGAAGAAAAAUCAUUCAUAAAUACCAUGUCCAAAAAAUUAAA